AUGGAACGAAUUUCAACUGAUCCAGCGUUAGAGGCACAGCCCAACUUUGAAUCAGCCGCAUACCAAGGUUGGCUAAACGCCCUUGUCGCACAAGGCAUAACCAGAGAUGAUGCCCUUGCCAACAUGGCAGAAGGAUGGAGAUUCAAAUGCCAAGAGCGAAUCAUUCUCUGGCAGGAACAGGCAGUAGAAGAUGCUUGCAUCCUGCAGGAACACCUAGAGCGUGAGAACACCGAGAAGGAAGCCGAGCAGCAGGAGGAACAACGCGAAGCGGAGAAGAAGAAGCCUAAGAUUAACGACUUCGAUGCAGGAGCAAUUGUGGCAGACGUGAUCAUUCCUCGACCGUCACAAUACGCCAUCCAGAAGAUAAAAAGCAUGGAGUACGUAGAACUUUGGUACUUCAGUCCUGACGGCUGCCGCGAAGCCUCCAUCACCUCUAGAUCCACGUCAGACUCAGACGACGCUUUUGGCUUUGCAAAAGUUGACGGCAUGGUUGCCCUCAAAAUGCUAGCAUCAUUCAAAGCUUCCAGCAAGGCCUUGCAGGACCACGAUCUAUCGUGGCGACAAUUCGAUUUGGCGAAGACUAGCUUCCUCGUCCACAUAGAAAAAAGUGGAUGGCCAGAGAAGCAUCAGCAAGCACUCGCUCUGUUCUUCACGCUCAUCACCAACCAUGAACAUCGGAUGCGUCCCCGGGGUGAGAAGACCCUGCUGCGUUACGCAGGAACAGUUCAUCGUGAAUGGCAUGACCGGCUCGUUCAGAACCAAGGAUUCAAUAUCGGCAUAUUCAACAAUAUGCUAUACAAUUCCUUAUCGGACAACAUAUGGGAGGCAGAGCACGACGAGAGUCUGAAAUUGCUACAGAACGCACUGCCAGCUACCAACUUCUCAUCUCGCCCUCGAGAUUGA